AUGGACAGCGAUGAGGAGAUGCUGGAGGAGACGGUGGAAGGGGUCCUGGAUGAUGAUGGCUUGCCGCAUGGGUUCUGUACAGUCACCUAUUCGUCCACAGACAGGUUUGAGGGAAACUUCAUACAUGGCGAAAAGAAUGGCCGCGGCAAGUUCUUCUUUUUUGAUGGAAGCACGCUGGAAGGGUAUUAUGUGGAUGAUGCUCUGCAAGGCCAGGGAAUCUACACUUACGAGGAUGGAGGAGUUCUUCAUGGCACGUAUGUGGAUGGAGAACUAAAUGGACCAGCCCAGGAAUAUGACAGCGAUGGGCGACUGAUUUUCAAAGGGCAGUACAAAGAUAAUAUUCGACAUGGAGUGUGUUGGAUAUAUUACCCAGAUGGAGGCAGCCUUGUAGGAGAAGUGAAUGAAGAUGGUGAGAUGACUGGAGAAAAAAUAGCCUAUGUGUAUCCUGAUAGGAAGACUGCAUGUUACGGAAGGUUCAUAGAUGGAGAAAUGAUAGAAGCAAAACUGGCAACCCUGACAUCUGUAGAGGAGGGGAAACCAUACUUUGAGCUGGUACCAGGCAGUCCGGUAUACAAUUUUGAUAAAUCUACUUCAACAUGCAUUUCUACAAAUGCACUUCUUCCUGAUCCUUACGAGUCAGAGAGGGUGUAUGUUGAUGUGUCUCUCAUUUCCAGUGCUGGGGAAGGACUGUUUUCUAAAAUAGCAGCAGAAGCUAGCACAGUUAUGUCCUUUUACAAUGGAGUGCGAAUUACACACCAGGAGGUGGACAGCAGAGACUGGGCCCUCAAUGGAAACACAAUAUCCCUAGAUGAUGAAACAGUCAUAGAUGUGCCAGAGCCCUACAACCAUCCUGCCAAGUAUUGUGCCUCGCUGGGUCACAAAGCCAAUCACUCUUUCACUCCUAACUGCGUUUAUGACCCGUUUGUUCAUCCUCGUUUUGGGCCAAUCAAAUGUAUCCGUACCACCAGAGCUGUGGAGAAAGAUGAAGAAUUAACAGUGGCUUAUGGAUAUGAUCACAAUCCCACGGGGCAAAAUGGGCCAGAAGCACCAGAGUGGUACCAGGAGGAACUGAAAGCCUUCCAGGAUGCUCAGCAGAAGUGAAAUGCAAGCUAAUUCUCAGUUCAGCAAACUGAAACAAACUUGGAUCUAUGCACUACCUUUGUACUGAAAACUGGACAACCAGGGAUUGUUCAUGUUGUUGCAUCAUAACCUCUCAUUCUGUGUUAGAGAAGAUUAUCUUUUUUUUUUUUUUUUUUUUUUUUGGCAUACUAACUAGAUUUGACUGUGUUAAUCAUAGCAGAUUUAAAAUUAGCUAGCGUUGCAGCAGUCUUACCUGAAGGAAUCACUUAAUAGUCUAUACAAGGUGUGAUAUUCAGUAGCUUAUGCUUUUGCACCAUUUGCAAGGAUGCCAAAAGAUCAGACAGAAAAUUUAAAAGGAUACAUCAUUUACUUUUAGUCGGCUGACUUCAGUGUUGCUAUAUCUGCAACCUAGGCAUUAUUGUGCAAUUGUAUUUUGCAUACAUGCCAUUUGUGAUGGAAAUGGUAACAUUUUGAUAUUCUCUAAUAGUAGCAUAAUUUGCCUUUUUAAACCUUUUGAUCUGAAUCUUGCAAUAGAGCAGUUUGUUUAUUAGUGUAUUGGAGGUUGGGUUUUUAACUCCCUUUUCCUCUUGUCUGAACUUCAUUCUUUCUACACUUCCUCUUUUGCAGGAGAAAGCCUUUCUUAUGGAGAGAAAGAUUUGUGUGUGUGUGUGUGUGUGUGUGUGUGUGUGUGUGUGUGUGUGUGUGUGUGUGUAUGUGAGAGUGCUGUGUGUUGGUCUCUCUGGCUCUCUAUAUAAAUAGUUUUAGUAACGAGUCCAAAAGGAGUAAUUGUCUGGCCUCUGGGGCUAGUAUAUCUUAUUUAUGAUUAUCACACACAAAGAUAAUUUGCAGGAAGAUGUGCAAAGAGGAGAAAGUGGUUUCACUUUUAAGAAGCUAUUAUUGAUAUAUGUUCAGGAAGGAAAAGAAUAUUUGCCAAGGUAGCACCUAAGGGUUUCUUUUUUAGUGUCUUGUUUACCUGAAUGACUCAUUAAGGCAGAAUUCUAACUUCAAAUGCACUUCUCCUAAUGACUUCAAAAGGAGAGGAAGUGUGUGUAUCUGAGGGUAGACUGUAAUAAUAGGUUAGGAUGUAGGUCCAUUCUCUGCAGGUUUUACAUGAGUAGAGAAUAUAGCCUAUACAGCAGCAGUCUCCAACUUUAAGUAGAGCAUCACCUUUGUCAUUUAAAAGCAACCCCUAGCAGGUAAAUCUGGGGAGAGAAGUGGGGUUGGGGCAGAUUGAGGCCAAGGGAGAAAAAAAUUAUGUGGGGGCGAGCCUCCCCAGCAGGUAUGUCCCACUUGGCCGGGGCCACACUCAGCUUACCCUGCUCCUGCCUUUGCAGCACUGUCCCUCACCACAGGGGCCUCAAUCUGUCCCCCACCCCUUCCCUCCCCCACGGACAGACCUGCUGGGCUGGGGCACGUGUGUGCAUGCAUGCGGGCACUCACUCCCCCACCCUAGCCUCGAAUCGACUCCAAGAGGCUCUAAGAUCUACCACAAGAGGCUCUGAGAUCUACUGGUGGUGACCACUGCUACACAGGUUUUGUUCCUAGGAAAUGAAUGUAGAAGUUGGUAACAAACUAAGAUUCCACCAGCAGGUGCAAAACAGUUGUAUUGAAAAACUGAAACCAGGAAGUCAAAAACAUCAGUUGUUCCUGGUCAGUAGUUUAGAAAGCACGGACUUAAUUUUAUGGACCUAGUUCAGCAAAUGAUAGGUACUUUUGAGCAUUCAUGUGUAAAUUUAAAAAAGAGAAAAAAGAAACACUAGUGUUUCAAUCAUUUUGUGAGUCUUAGCUAAUGUUGUGGGGAAAAAAUAAGAGGGUGCCAUUUCAGUCUAGAUAAUCAGGCCCUUGUUGGGUCUGCAAUCCUGCUCUGACAUUCUGUUUUGGGUUUUUUAGGUAGCUUAGGAAAAGCAAUUGUAGUACACUUACUUUUAAAUAGUAGUUUAUUAAGUGCUUGUAUAUAUGUAACAUACAAAAUUGUGGGGAAAUUUGACCUUAAUUUCAACUGCAACAGUAGCAUAUUUGAUCUGUUGCUUUAAGUGUUGGAGGUGUCCACUUCAAAGGAGAGGAGGAAACUUCUGGCUGUAUGGAACUGGAUGGUAUUGGAAAAUGCACUGGGAUGGACCAAAGAGAUGGGAAAAUGAUGAUGUUCUUCUUUGCUGUCUGAGAAUCCCUGGCUAUUUGUACAUACAAAAUUUAUGGAAUUCACAUAAGGCCAUCUUUUUUUAUUUUUAUUUGGGGCUCUUUCUGAUUCCUGCAGCUGAAUACAAAGUCUUUUCAGGGCUUGCACAGAAGCUAUUUUUUUGUGUAUGUGUGCUGGAGGAGAAAUGAGGUAUGGGCUCCCAGGGCUCCAUGGCACUCUUCCAGCACAGAUAUGAACGUGGACUUUCUCAACACCCAUCUCCUCACUAUGGACACUCUAGCCACAUCUCUUCCUCUCUUUGUAUACAGGGCAGGUGGCCUAUACAGAUGAAAUUUCUGACUCAGUGCAGCAUGCUGAGGGGCAAAUCUGAUCCUUGCACAUGGUAGGGAGUUAUCAAAGGCUGCCCAACUUCAGCAGAUCAGUCUUGAAAGGAAAUAGGAAUGCUUGAGUUCUAUUCCUGCAUGCCCACAGAUAGCCAUUUAAGAGCAUCACAGUCUUGCAACUGCUGCUUUAUAGAAGCAUGCUUUUUCUUGAAUGAUAGUAGCUAAUUCUGUGACUCAUGGAUUUUUCUUCCAUGACCAUAAAAUCUGAAGAACUAGGCUUGUGUUUCAUUGGGAAAUAAAAAUGAUCUGGGCCAACACUGCUGUGAAUGGGUAGUAAACUAAUAUGACUUAUUUUAGAUAAUCAGAUAACUCUCUCUCCCUUGAAAAUCUUGUAUAAAAUGCUCUCUCCACUUUAACGUUGAUCCCUGCUUCUGGUGUUAACCAUAGACUAUGGUCCCUGAAAGUUACCUACCCCUUUUCUGGUUUUCUAAGGCAAAUAUAUGAGAGGGGUUCUUUUGCACAUUACGGACAGGGUUAAAUCCUCAGGAUGUCAGUUGUGUUCUUAUUGCUUUUAAAAAGCUGUUCCUUUCAGUGGUAAGGAAGCUGAUUCUUAUGUUGAUUUGAGUUUAUGGAAGCCUGAAAUUAUGACUGUGGCAUGAUGAAUAUUGAAUGUGUCUCUACUGUGCUGUUACUUCCCUCUGCUCCCUUAGAAUCUCUUGAGCCUCAUGAUAAUCCUUCUCUGGAUCUCUCACAACAGCAGCAUCUCUGGUUUGAGUCAGGAAUUGAUCCUUUUAAUUUCUUCAGAGGUUUCUCAGUGGGGUGGAAAUUGCUGGGUUGAGUGAAUACCUUGGUGGUGAGAGAACCUGGUGAUGGUUUUUCAUUUGCCUUCAUGGCUUUUUUGGAAGAAUAAAGGGUUCUUGAGCCAAAGUACAUAGUUAGUGUCCAUUUAAUUCCCUGUCCCAGUCUAGAACUUGUAGCUUAAUUUUCAGGGCUUCCAGAUUUAGAAAAAAGAAAAAGAGCUCUGGGUAACGAGCUGUCAGGCUUUUAAGAGACCUGCACCAGUUCUCUCUUCCCUUUUGUGCCUUGCAAAAAUAUGCAGAGCGAUCCAUAAGGGAAUAGAUGCAUGAAACUAUAUAGCUAAUUUGAAAAUAGAAAAUCAAAAUAGACACACAUAAAAGCUAUGGUUUUUGUCAGUGACUAGUUAAAAUGAGUGGAGGGUGGAAAGAUUUGACUACAUGCGUAUUCUCUACUUCGUUUUGGCUUUCCCUGAUUCUGAUUGUAGUUCACCUUGGACUCUGCUUUGAACUGAUUAUAAUUGUAGUGAUUACCUUCAUGAUGAUCUCAUUUUUUUGGAGGGUAUAGAUAGAGCUUUUAAUUCUUAAACAGCUAAAACCUGAAGGGUAGCUAAUGUUGAACACUUGGCAGAAUCCCCCAAAAAACUGUCAGAGACACCAUUCUAAUGCUUUGCUCUCGUGAAAACAAGAAAACUCAGCCGGGCUGGAAGAGGAAUUGUCAACUUCCAGCAUGUAUUUUGGGGACAAAGUUAGCAUUCCUAUAGUUUAUUGUUAGCAAUCGCUGAAUAAUGGAAAAUGUGGCUUCCCUGCUUUAAGACUUUGGAAUAAGACUGAUUCAUGUAGUGUGUUUGCAUUGCCCUGAUACUUAUAUGGAUGUCAUUUGUAUUUCAGUAGAACCCAAAGAUACCACGCCAAGAUUGUGGCUCAGAGCCAUAUUAUAAAUGCAAAAAGAAACAGUGACUGUCCUAAAGAGCUUACAAUUCUUUGCCAUUUUUGCCUGACUAGAUGUCUAUUUGGAGACGUCUUAUUUGUGGUUGCCAUAGUGGUACAGGAUUCCCUAAAACAAAUUUUCAUACUCCUUUGGACAGAUGUGUCCAAAAGGUCUCUGCUUGUAUGGGGACAUGGCCCACAGUCACAUAAGUGGGAACUUACAGUUUGUGGUGCCUCAAAGACUUUUUGAGGUGCCACAAAAUACAUGCAGCACACGUGGAUCUGUUCCCUGCACUUCAUAUUUGCAGUGUGGUAGCAAAAUUAGAUACCAGGAAAUCCUGGUAUCUUAAAUAUUUAAAUAAAUAAAGGCAGGGUGGCACACAUGGUUGCAGCAUGCACUGCCAGAAGAUGGAGCCUGGC